CACAAGAGAUGAUAAAGCAGGGUUUUAAUAGAGCAGCUUGGCCCAGUCAUGUGUGGGUACAGAUGAGGUGGUGACUUUGUGAAGCUGGGGACAGGAGGAGGUGGAGGCAUAAAUCCAGGGGAUGGGUUUUCUCACAGCGGCCUUGCCUGAGGUGAAGAUAAACCUGAGCUGCGGUUUUAACAGGAGGGACUUGAGCUGCGGAUAGUGAAUUACUGCGAGAGGUCGAAUACAUCAAGCUAUGGUAACAUCUCUCAAUGAAGAUAAUGAAAGCGUGACCGUUGAAUGGAUUGAAAAUGGAGACACUAAAGGCAAAGAGAUUGACUUGGAGAGUAUAUUCUCACUUAACCCAGAUCUUGCGCCUGAUGAAGAUAUUGAACCCAGCCCAGAGACUCCACCACCUCCCACUCCUUCAGCCAAAGUAAACAAAAUUGUGAAGAAUCGACGGACUGUGGCUCCUAUUAAGAAUGAAACUCCUGCCAGAGACAACAGAGCGGUUGGUUCUGCACGUGCACGGCCUACUCAACUUCCUGAUCAGUCUUCCUCUACACAACAGAAUGGUAGUGUUUCAGAUAUAUCUCCAGUUCAAGCUGCAAAAAAGGAAUUUGGACCCCCUUCACGUAGAAAAUCUAAUUGUGUGAAAGAGGUUGAGAAGUUGCAAGAGAAACGUGAGAAAAGAAGGCUACAGCAGCAGGAACUUAGAGAAAAAAGAGCUCAGGAUGUUGAUGCUACAAACCCAAAUUAUGAAAUUAUGUGUAUGAUAAGAGAUUUCAGGGGAAGUUUGGAUUAUAGACCAUUGACAACAGCUGAUCCUAUUGAUGAACACAGGAUAUGUGUUUGUGUACGAAAAAGGCCGCUCAAUAAAAAAGAAACUGUAAUGAAAGACCUUGAUGUAAUCACAAUUCCUAGUAAAGAUGUUGUGAUGGUACAUGAACCAAAACAAAAGGUGGAUUUAACAAGGUACCUAGAAAACCAAACUUUUCGCUUUGACUAUGCCUUUGAUGACACUGCUCCUAAUGAAAUGGUUUACAGGUUUACAGCUCGACCAUUAGUGGAGACCAUAUUUGAAAGGGGAAUGGCUACAUGUUUUGCAUAUGGGCAAACAGGCAGUGGAAAAACCCAUACUAUGGGUGGUGACUUUUCAGGAAAGAACCAAGAUUGUUCUAAAGGAAUUUAUGCACUUGCAGCUCGAGAUGUCUUUUUAAUGCUAAAGAAGCCAAACUAUAAGAAGUUAGAACUUCAAGUAUAUGCAACAUUUUUUGAGAUUUACAGUGGGAAGGUUUUUGACUUGUUGAACAGGAAAACCAAAUUAAGGGUGCUGGAGGAUGGUAAACAGCAGGUCCAAGUGGUGGGAUUACAGGAACGGGAGGUUAAAUGUGUUGAAGAUGUACUCAAGCUUAUUGAAAUAGGCAACAGCUGCAGAACAUCUGGUCAGACAUCUGCAAAUGCACAUUCAUCUCGGAGCCAUGCAGUGUUUCAGAUUAUUCUCCGAAGGAAAGGGAAACUGCAUGGUAAAUUUUCUCUGAUUGAUUUAGCUGGAAAUGAAAGAGGAGCAGAUACUUCCAGUGCAGAUAGGCAAACACGACUGGAAGGUGCUGAAAUUAACAAGAGCCUUUUAGCACUCAAGGAGUGCAUUAGAGCCUUAGGCCGAAAUAAACCUCAUACUCCAUUCAGAGCAAGCAAACUUACUCAGGUGCUAAGAGAUUCAUUCAUAGGAGAAAAUUCCCGUACCUGUAUGAUUGCUACUAUCUCUCCAGGGAUGGCAUCCUGUGAAAAUACUCUAAAUACACUGAGAUAUGCAAAUAGAGUAAAGGAAUUUGGAAUUAGUCCUUCGGACAUUCCCUUCUCACAGAGUAGUGGCAGUCGCUCUGAUCUCUCUCCUUCCUAUGAGUAUGACGACUUUUCUCCUUCGAUCACCAGAGUGAAGGAACUGACGGUUGAUCCUAGUGCUGCAGGAGAUAUCCGUCCAAUUAUACACCAUGCUCCAAAUCAAAUUGAUGAUUUAGAGACACAGUGGGGUGUAGGGAGCUCACCUCAGAGAGAUGAUCUUAAACUUCUUUGUGAACAAAAUGAGGAAGAAGUUUCUCCACAGUUGUUUACUUUCCAUGAAGCUGUGUCACAAAUGGUAGAAAUGGAAGAGCAAGUAGUAGAAGACCACAGGGCUGUCUUCCAGGAAUCUAUUCGAUGGUUGGAAGAUGAAAAAGCUCUUCUAGAGAUGACUGAAGAAGUAGAUUAUGAUGUGGAUUCUUAUGCUACACAACUUGAAGCAAUCCUAGAACAAAAAAUUGACAUUCUGACUGAACUCCGAGAUAAAGUGAAAUCUUUCCGGGCAGCUCUACAAGAGGAGGAACAGGCCAGUAAACAGAUCAAUCCGAAGAGACCACGUGCCCUUUGAAAUAGGCCUCUGCUGCUAAUGGAUCCCCCGAACCCUCACUGCUGUAACAUACAGUUGUUAUAAGACGGUGGCUGUAAGAACUCAACUACUUGAAAGCGUAAAAACUUUUGAAGUGUCUGUGGAAAUGUCCAGUUUCUCCUUCACCUGAAUGACAUUUUCAGUUUUGUGUGAAACACUUCAAUGAUGUCUCCAGAAUGCUUCUAGACCAGACAGCACAGCACAACCAUGCAGGGUUCAGAGCUGUGAAGCACUUUGUUUAAAACUUUUCAUUUAUUCAAAUUGUGAAUUUUAUGUUUUGGAAAUCUUUGCCAUUUUUUUUAAUAAUGAAGUAAAACUGUGGACUUGAAAAACUUCACUAUUUCCUUUUAACUAUGUUCAAUUUUGUUACAAAGACCAGCUGUGCAGUUUUAAAUUGUGUUUGCGUGCAUGCACACCUCAUCAGUGAUUGUACAUAACUUCUCUUCUAGAGACAGCUGUGCUAACCUAUUCCCAUUCUGUGCCUUGAUGAAGGCUACUUGACCCUAAAUGUCCUUUCUGAAGCACAGCCUUAAUAAAUGACAUUCCUUAUUUGUCAAUGUAAAUUACUUUUAUUGUGUGUACAUCUUUAAUGUGUGUGAGCCCCCCCACCCCCCCUUUUUUUUGUUGGUGACUAGUUCAUUUCACAGGAUGUACAACAGCUGGACAUUCCAUCCUCGUAGAAAUCUGGAAUCAUGAUUUGAAUACCAUAAAGAAUGGUUAUAAAAUGCUAACAUUUUCUUUGUAAAGAACAAUAUAAAUUAGUUGAUGUAUAAUAAAAGGUAACAUUUAAGUAUGGAGGAGAGUUGUAUGUUAGAAUAAUACAGAUAUACAGUAUAUGUAAGUGUGAUAAAUGCUGUCUAGAAUAACGGUGCAAUCUGAUCUCUACGUAUGGGUAGGAGGACUAAAAGUUCAGGGAUCCAGUGACUAGCAUAAACAAAAUACCUUUUCACAGACUAUUUAAAAAUUUGGCUUCUGAUGCAUGACAACUUACAUGUGCAUUAACUGUAGUUUGCAGAUAGUUUGUAUGGAGUAGUACUGUUGCUUUAAAGAAAGUAGCUAAUGCAUAUUUUUCCCUUUGUACAGUGCCAGCAGCUGAAAAGUGGGGUGAAUCUGUAUCAUUUUGGAUUUGCACAAUAGGCUGCACAAACUCUACAUAAUGCGAUAUAAAUCCCACAGGUACCUGAAGUCUCACAAAUAGCACCAUGUGUAUCCAGAACUUUUUAGGUGGUGGCACUUGAGUUAUUUCUGCCAGUCAGUGUCCAAAAGAAAGAAAGGGGGGGAAAAAAAACAAAAAACCUUUUAUGUAAGAACUUUUUGUCAAACAAUUGUAGCCCUCUCUGAGUUCUCCCUGUUUCCAGGACAGAUUCCAAGAGUUAAUAUCAGCAGACCCUAGGAAUGGUUUUAAACUUGGUUUUUGAAACACAAGCCCAUUUAUGCUGGGACUGAAGGGAAAUAAAGGGAAGGCAAUGAAAAGAGAGCUAAAUGAGCCAGAGAUUCUCAGCAUUUAAUGUUUGUAACUCCCAUAGGAAGGUAGGCUAUGGGAGACCCUUGUUGCAUCAUGGUAAAAAGCUCCUAUCUGUAAACAUGAAAGCUGAAAAAGCAAUGUAGAUUUUACACAAUGUGUUUAAUAAAUUAAACAAUGAAACAUCAAUUAGAGAUGAGAAUUUACUUCUAUGAAGCUUGCAUUUACUUUGGGAAGGAGUUUACCUUGUGAUCACAUCUAUUGCAAUUAGAUGUAUAUGAUUUUAAAAAAAAUCAUACUUAAAAGGCACAUGGUGCUAGAAUGGGUGUUUGUUUUAUUGUAAUAACCAUCCUGUACAGGCUCAAAUUGUUUCACUGACUUGAGUCCUUAAACAGGUAUAUCAAAAUGUACUGAU